AGAGAUCAACUUCGUGUCACCUUUUACACAGAGCAGUGCUUCCGAAAACGUGGAGCGAAAGUGCACUUAUCCCUUUUCCACUAGCAGCCGGACGAGUCACAUUGGCACUGAGGGAUCAUCAUGGAUGACACAGAGCAGUACCAGGCAGCAGGGUCUGGUGCCUCCCAGACGUACCCUGUGCAGUGCUCUUCUCUUCGCAAGAACGGAUUUGUCAUGCUCAAGGGCAGGCCCUGCCGCAUCGUCGAGAUGACCACGUCCAAGACUGGGAAGCACGGUCACGCAAAGGUUCAUUUAGUUGGCCUGGACAUUUUUACUGCAAAGAAACAUGAGGAUCUGUGCCCCUCAACUCACAACAUUGAUGUGCCCAAUGUCAACCGCUGUGACUUCCAGUUGAUUGACAUCAGUGAUGAUGGCUAUGUCACACUAAUGAAUGACAAAGGUGAUACCCGUGACGACCUCAAGCUUCCAGAUGGGGAACUGGGCCAAAGGAUUCGUGAAGAAUUUCACAAGGAAGACAACAGUGUCAUUGUGACUGUAAUGUGUGCUGUUGGCAUGGAAUGUAUCAUUGCGUGCAAGAAUGCCAACUAAGCAAAAUCAGAGAGAAGACAUACCCGGCCAAUGAAACGCAGCCGCUGCCACUCAAAAAAGAAAGCAAAUAGGGGGGGAAAGAAGAGGAUGUCACAGCCGUACAAAUGUCCGACACACACAAGGGGACGUGGUGGUUUGUCAUCUACACUGCAUGGAGAACCCAAGUCCGGGAGGGACGACCGGAUUGAGCUGCGGCUGGUGGAAAUCUAUGAUCACUCUAGUGUGCUUGUUUUUUCUGACUAUGUCUGACUUUUCCUUUUUUGUUUCAGUGCUAUAGACAUUUCUUGUUUUUCAAAAUUUCUGAGGAGACUGAUAUUUUUCUGAAUGACGUGUUCAUGGUGUUCUGUGUAACCACAACCUCAUCUUGCUCGGUGGUGAGGAAUUGUGAGAGUGCCUGUUAGCUUCGUCACAUUUUUCUUAAGCUCUGGGUUCUUUUUACAUCUGCACAUCUCUGUAAAACUCUGUUUCAUUGUGGGCUGGGCUAGCAAGGGUUUGGGUUUCAUUGUGCUAUGGGAUUCUUUGUAUAUGAAGUUUUUGGGCCCCUAGGACAACAAAUUAAAGCUGUAUACAUAGCUGGUGUUAACCCUCCCCUUCCAUUCUUUUAAGCUUCUGAAGUUCAGGUAUUUUCAGUUCAACAAGCUCUCUUGUGUCAUGGCUUUCCUUUUGUUGUUUUAAUUUGGAAUUAAAUUUUUUUUAUCAACAUCUCUUUUUUUUUUUCUACGUGUUUUUUCCCUACGGUGUUUCUCUCAGCGAUUGGAACACUUUGAUUGGGUGUAACUUGGGUUCUUUUUUUCCACCAUUGGGAGUCCUGCUUCCAUAGUUUUGCUCCCAAUUGCUUUUUUUUUUUUAAGUGUCGACUAAACAUGAGUUGUGGAGUCAAGCGGCUCGAUGAGUCUCUUGGCGUAAUAAAUUUGUAUUCCAAUAUUUCA